CCUUCCCGGAGCAAAGGUUGUUGACAGAACCGCACCAGUUACUCAUUUAAGGCUGAGUCGACCUAAGAGACUCACAACCCUCACUCAGGACGCCACGUGGAAUAGCCACGCCGAAUCGCUUACUGCGCAUGCGCAAUCGUUUGGCUUGUUGACACGCCCCCUUUGAGUGCCCAAUGAAAACGGAGCAUCGUUCGAAACGUCGCUUAUUUAUACAUUCUAGUUGUUUUUUUACUUCAAAGCCACGGUGUGAUUGACGUAUGUGUGUUGAGGUCUUUACUGUUUAAUAGCGAUCGUGAGGAGGUCGAUGCGGAAGCGGAAGUGGCCAGAACUCACAACAACCGAUGGCCCUGUCGCACAGAGAUGGAGCGCGGUAUCGUGAGCGCUCCUACUGGGACGAGCGCUACUCGGCCGGCGGGGAGGCGGUGGAGGAAGGCGAGCAGCGGGAGUGGUUCGGAGCUUACACGGCGCUCAAAGAGGCGCUACCCGAGGAUCUUGAUCGGAGCGGGGCCAUCCUGGAGCUAGGUUGUGGAUCGAGCCGUCUCAGCUCCGACCUCCUGGCCGACGGCUUCGCCUGCGUGACGGCCGCCGACUUCUCCCCGGCGUGCCUGGCGGCCGCGUCGGCGGCGGCGGCGGCCGCGGCGCGGCGGCCCCCGGCGGCCCCCCGGCCGCUGUGGCUGGCGCUGGACGCGCGGAGGCUGCCCCUGCGGGCGGCGCUGUUCGACGCGGUCGUCGAGAAGGGCAUGCUGGACGCGCUGCUGGCCGGAGAGCGCGACCCCUGGCGCGUGUCGAAGGCGGCGCGGCGGCAGGUGGGCCUCGUGCUCGACGAGGUGUCGCGCGUCCUGCGCCCGGGCGGCCACUUCGUGUCGGUGACGUUCGCCCACCCGCACGUGCGCUCGCCGCUGUACGCGCGGCGCCGCUACGGCUGGCGCGUGCGGCACCGCACGUACGGCGAGGCCUUCCACUACCACGUGUACGUGAUGACGAGGGGCGACGGCGAGCCGCCCCGAGAUGAUGAUGACGACGACGACGACGACGACGAAGACGAUGAUGAUGAUGAUGCGGCUCCGCCCGUCAUGCUUGAGUACGACGAGCGAGAAGACUUCCUCAACGCCAUCGAUCUGUCAACGUUCCUUUGACCUUCGUUCACCCUUUGGCCGGUCCCACAACAUCGCGCAAGUGAAGUUUUUAGGAGGACGCGUUGGCAAAGUCGCCGAGUGCGAGCGCCACGUGGAUAUUUACGCUCGCGCUCGGUUCACUUUGCAAGCGAUGGGAAAAUAUCACUCGAGAUGUUUCCUGAAUGUAUGUCUUUUGGACUUCUUUCGCACCGUACGUAGCCAACCGCGCUAAUCGGAGGUGCGGUGCAAGGACAACAAACUAACACAGGAAGGAAAUGAGUUUUCGGGCGACUUCACGUAUUCUCCGGUUCGUACGGCGUGGUAUUUUUUAAGCAUCCCAGAAUCGUAAAGCUAAAGUUUGGGGUGGCUGCGUCCGAUAUUGCGGAGAACGCUCCGUGUCUUCGGGAAAGACUCUGCGUCUCGUCUCGCUGUUCGGAAUCGUCUUCCCGAAACACAUCUCAUCCUCGUUUUAAAGCACUGUGUCCGUAACCAUCUUCUCGGAAGACGCCUCUCCGUUGCAGUGCCGUAUUCUCACGAUUAUGAAAACGGGGUUUUAAAUAAAUGAAUAAAAAUCCGCCACAA